AUGAGUGAGAAUGAGUUUUCAGGUCAUUUGACAGAGCAGCUUUGCCAAGGUGGAAAACUUGAGAACUUCACCGUGUCUAGUAACAAACUGACAGGGCUAACACCCAGCAGCUUGAGCAAAUGUUCGAGUUUCAAAUGGAUUCGCUUUAAUAACAACAAUUUCACUGGGGAUUUAUUUGAAGCUUUUGGCAUCUAUCCAGAGCUUCAGUUCAUUGAUUUGAGCGAUAAUAAUUUUCACGGUGAAUUCAACAGCAACUGGGGAAAAUGCAAAAAAUUGUUUAAUUUGCGCGUAGCCAGAAAUAACAUUAGUGGUAGCAUACCACCUGAGAUUGGAAAUGUCAAAGGGCUUCUUGGACUUGAUCUUUCAUCGAAUCAUUUGAUUGGACAGAUUCCAAAGGAAUUUGGAAAAUUAACCUCUCUGGUUAAGCUUUCUGUGCAAAACAACAAUAUUUCUGGCAAUAUACUAAGUAGCUUGGGUCACUGA